CGGAUCUUCUCCGCGGAUCUUUAGUGGGCGCCCCACCUCCGUGCUCCCUUCCGAAGCACUCUGUCACAGAGGAAGCCACGCCCCACAUUUAGCCCGCGCUCAGAGUGCCCCUGCUCAGGUCUGUCAGCGGCGGCCCCGCCCUCCGCCCCGAACUGUCCAAUCCCGCGCUCCAGAGUGGGGAAGACUCUGUCUCCACACAGAGAGUGUCGCUGCCCUGGUCCCUCACCCCGGAGCCGUGACAGCCGGGGACCUGAGGCUGAGAGGGAGCUUUAUAAAGAAGACCUCCGGCUGCCCGAGUGAAGUCAUUUUGGGUCAUCUGAUGUCAUGGCGAGCUCCUCCUUUUCUCCUUUUAUGGAAGGAUCGGCUCCUAGUAUUCUGGGAAAGAGGAAACAAACCCCCGAAGAUCUUAUCCUAUCUUCUCUGGGGGAUCUGAGAGGAAGGGACUUCAAGAGACUUAGGAACAAAUUGUCUGAUUUCUCCUAUGAAGAUAAACGUCCCAUCCCCCAAGGAAGACUGGAAAAUGCGGACUGGUUCACCACCAAGGACCUCCUGAUAGAAACAUAUGGAGAAGAAGAGGCUCUGGAUGUCACCAUUGAUGUCUUUACUCUGAUGGGUCUGAUGGGAGCCGCAGAUUACCUCAAGGAGAGGAGAGCACAGAGUGUCAAACCGAAGAACAUGACACAUGACAAAAGAUUUUCAGACAUCAGUAAGGAACACAGAGAGUCUGAGAAAGAGAGAUUCCAGAGGCUUCCAGAAUAUAAUUCCUGUAUGGGGGAGGCUGUUCGUCUACAGAAAAGAUUCACCAAGUUAUUGAUGACAAAGGGACCCCAAAAUAAAGAUGAAAAUGAGCAAAAAAUAAGGAGUUCAGGCAGAAGUCAUCUACAAAUCAUGGAGAAAAGAUCCCCAACCACAAUCCAGGACCUCUUUGACCCUGAUGAAGAUGGGUUCAUCCCUAAGAUUGUGGUGUUACAAGGAGCUGCUGGGAUUGGAAAAACAAUGACCUCCAAGAAGAUCAUGCUGGACUGGGCCUCUGAGGAUCUCUACCAAGACAAGUUUGACUUUGUGUUUUAUCUGAGCUGUAGAGAAAUCAACACCAUCCCUGGAGACAUAAGUCUGGUGGGACUUUUAUCCAGAUCCUGCAGACUGAGUUCAGGUGACCUGGUGUCUAUUCUGGAGGAUCCUGGAAGUCGGAGAAAAAUUCUCAUCAUAGUUGAUGGGUUUGAUGAACUGAGGUGGACUCUGGAGGGGAAAUCUGAGGGUUGUCCUGACAUUUCUAUGAAAACCCACAAAGAAAUCAUUCUCCAAAGUUUGCUCAGAAAGCAAGUUCUUAAAGAAUCUUCUCUGAUCAUCACCACAAGGUCACUGGCCAUGGAGAAACUCAACACAUUCAUCGAUGAUUAUCGCAAAGUGGAAAUCAAGGGAUUUAUAAGGGAUGAUCGGGAGGAAUAUGUCCAUAAAUUCUAUGGAAAUAAAGAAGAUGCAGACAAGGUUCUCAGUAUAAUAAAAAACAAUGAAGUUCUGUACACAAUGUGUGCCGUCCCCAUCACAUGCUGGAUUGUCUGCACUGUAAUGAAACAAGAAAUAAGAAAAUAUUUGGCUCUAAUUCGGUGUCAUACGACGACUUCAAUUUACCUUCUCUACCUGGAGGUUUUACUAACCCAUCACAGCAAGAAGGAGACGUCUGUACCCAGGAAACAAUCCUGUCUGAAGAAGCUGUGUGCUCUGGCCAAUCAGGGAGUUCUGAACCAACAAAUCUUCUUUGAGAAGAAAGAUCUAGAAAGUCAUGGACUUUCUCUGUCUGAAGUGGAGUCUGUAUUUCGGAAUGGGAACAUCUUUCACUCAGAUGUCGGCUCCCAGACCUGCUACAACUUCAUCCACCUGAGUGUACAGGAGUUCCUUGCUGCUCUCCAUUAUGGGAUGGAUGAUGGGUCUGGAUCUAUGGAAGACACUUUCCUCCCGGAGAUCUGUAAAGGGAAAUCGCUUGCAGUUUUAAGUUCACAAUACCCUCAUUUAGCAUUAACUGUCCAAUUCCUAUAUGGUCUUCUGAAUGAAAAUCAGGUGAAGACAUUCUCAGAGAUCACAGGAAUCCCCAUCUCACUCCGAGCCAAACCUGCAAUGAGAAAAUGGACAAUGAAGGACUUUGAUGGGAGUUCUCCUAUCCAUGCUAUUGUCUGUCUGUAUGAGACUCAGGAUGAGAACUUCAUAAGAUCAAUCUUGUCUGGGUGUUCACAUUUGAGGGUGUACGGCUCACUCUCAGAUGACUUGCGGAGGGACAGUAACUAUUCUAAGCAUCUGAACUAUUUCUUGAAGACUUUGAAGAGAGAAAGAUUUCAGGAUCUAUGUUUUGAAUGGCUUACAGUGGAUCCAGAGUGCCAGAACAAUCUAUCUUCUUUCCUACACAGGUCCCAGACAGUUUGGUUUGAAAAUUGUAGAUUUCUGAAAGUGGGAGAUGAAGAAGAGUCCACAUCUUCAGAGGAUAAAAUGGAGCCUGCUAAUCUGUCCUGGCUGAUUAACUCGGAGAGUAAAAUUCAAACAUUAUACCUGCGUAGCUGUAAUCUGUCUCCUUUGUGCUGUGAUGAUCUCCGUUCUGUUCUGAUCACAAACCGAUCCCUCAUCAAACUGGAUUUAUCAGACAAUAAUAUUCAGGACUCUGGAAUAAAACUUCUGUGUGAGGGACUCGGAGAUCCCAGUUGUACCCUUCAGAACCUGAGUUUGUACAGUAAUCACCUGACAGACAGUUCCUGCACCCACCUGGCAUCAGGAAUAAGAUAUAACUGGACACUGAGGAGACUGGACCUGUCUAAUAAUAAUCUGGAGGGUCCUCAUUUCAGGGAUCUGAUGACAGAUCUGACCACAAGCUGUAUAGAGGAAUUACUUUUGUAUGGUAAUAACCUGACAGACAGUUCCUGCACCCACCUAACAUUGGGAGUAGAAAAUAAUUGGAUAUUGGAGAAACUGGACCUGUCCAAGAACAAUCUGGAGGGUCCUCAUUUCAGUGAUCUGAUGAGCGCUCUGACCACAAGCCGGAUAAAGGAAUUGCUACUACAGAAUGUUGGUCUGACUGAUGAAUACGGCCCAUUUCUCAAGUCACUGAGUAAUUGUACAACUCUAACAGUCCUGGAUGUGAGUUGUAAUCUCCUCACCGAUGCCAGGGCCGAAUACAUAGAGGACCUCAUUCUGACAUCAUACAGCCUAAAGGACGUCAGGAUCGAUGGAAAUUACAUUUCCUCUAAAGCAAAAGAAACAUUCAGAAAAAUAAUGGAUGAAAUCCAAAAUUGUGUUCAGCUACAUCAAGGCAGAGCUUUGUUGGAGUAUGCUCCCUCAGCAGAGUCUGAGGAAAAACCCGAUAAUUUGGUUGCACCGAUUGUAGAUGGAAAAACAUACAGACUACAACUGAAGCCUGGUGAACUUUUCUGCUGCUCGAAGACGGGGAUUAUGUUCAAAGUGAAAUCUGAAGUGACCAUCACAUAUGAGCUGGAACUGGAAAGUGAUAAUUUAGAUAACAUACAGAAGGAUGGAUAUGACGUUGUGGGUCCAAUGUUUAACAUAACUGUAGAGCCUGGUGUAGUAUCUGAGGUGCACCUACCGCAUUCCUUGUGUUUACAAGGUCUGAAAAGAGGCAUCGCACUAAUUAGAUGUGGCCAUUUUAAGGAUGGCAAAUUUACCAUAAUAAAACCGGUAACAAUUGGACAGUCCCAUAUUGUUGUGGAAAAUCCCUCCUUUUCUGGUUUUGUUGCUCUAUUUUGGAAAUUAUGGAUACGUCUCACUCCAUUCAGAGGGAAGGUUCUGUUAUACAGCAAGGUGGUUUGUCCACAAGAUAUGAACUACAUGGAGUACAAGUUUCACCUUUAUGUGGUUCCCAGAAACCAGCCGGAGAUGGGGGAACUUGACAAACAGAAGAAAACCGAUGGAUUCAAGCACAUGCAAAAACCUCAACAAAUACAGUGCAGCUUAUAUGCUAGAACAGAGUACACUGUCGAUGUUCAACCUUAUGGAAACAUAUGCCCAGAGCAUCUAGAGUUUGAAAGUAGUUGUGAAACUGAAAAUUUAUCCUUUGUCGAAGUUAGUAUGAGCAGAAAAACAAAAGAACUUUCUAUGUUCGUGUCACUGAAGAAAAACAGCAAUGAAAGCACAGAGGAAAAUGCAGAGGGGAGAACUGAUGUGCUCUGGAAAGUUGCCAUCACAGAAGGGGAAUUGAAAGAAAUGCAGCUAAGAGCCUGUGCGUCUGUCCCCAGUGUAGGUUCCUCCUCAGAGCACUUUGUAGAUAGACAUCGUGAAAAACUGAUCAAAAGUGUGUCCAAUGUAGAAGAAGUUCUAGAUGAACUUAAAAACAACCUGACCGGUGAGCAGUAUGACAUUGUGACAUGUAAUGAAACGCACCAGGCCAAGAUGAGAAUGCUAUUCAGGAUUGUCAGAGGUUGGGGAAAUAAUGGCAAGGAUAAGCUGCUCGAUGCUCUAAAGAAGACCAACAAGCAAGUAAUUGAUGAUUUAGAAGGACAAUGAAUUUGUGAAAAUGUUCUGAAUUUUAUAGCAUUUUAGGAUUGUGGAUGGAACCACGCAGGUCAUUUUAUUUUAAAAUCAGUCACCUCUGCCUCCAGAUCAGCUGGUUUAUAGCAAGGAUACAGUUUACUAUUAUAGAACCAUUUAUUCCAACUUGCAUACAGAUGCUUCAGGUUUGUUGGCCAUCAUCAGUGCAGUCCAUGGAAACCAUGACUUCUAUGAAGUACUGCUUGUGGAACAACCAGACCGGUUAUGGUGAGAUGGACCUAAAGGAACCUAAACAUCGCUCCAGGGCCGAUCCUAGGCGCACAGGCGCCUGGGUGCAGAAAUAUUUCUGGCGCUCCCACAUGGGCGUCGUCA